AUGUCAUUUCCAGGGGGCCCCCGUACGCAUUCGAAUGUAAAAGCGGAAAAUUUGGGGACUGGUGCUCAGUGUAUCAGUGGUGGAUCUGGGGACCAGAACGUUGCCUCUGGUAGUGGCACGGUGAAUAAAUAUGGCCACCAGUUCAAUAUGCUCAGUUUUAGAGAUAUACCUGAGGGAGGGAUACCUUCCAUGCUUCGCCUUUCUCAGUCCCAGUUUGUGGCCAAACCGGGAAGUAUCCCUGAGGGACCCAAUCGCGCGGAAAUAAUCUCCUGGCUCAUGCGCCAACCGGAUCAAACCCCGUUGAAGGUUCGCCGGCAUCACACCAAGAUUUUGCGUCAAGUAGUUCAUGGUACGGGCAAAUGGGUCCUAGAUACGGAGCAGCUUAUGGCAUGGAAAGACUCUUCGAGUUCUUCACGAUUCCUUUGGCUACGCGGAAUGCUUGGGUCUGGUAAGACUAUGCUUAUGUUAGUGGCCGAGGUUUCAUCUCUUAUAAUCGACUCAAUCGAAAAGCAGAUCGAAAGAGGCGAAGAUAUUGCUUGCGUUUACUUCUAUUUCCAAGAGGGAGAAGAGUAUUCGGUCGCGCGUAUAUGGGCAACCUUAUUAGAACAGCUGUUACAAGCAUCGGGAGAUCUAGAAGGGGCACUGGAGGGUGAAUUGAAGGCGAAAUUUGACGACUCCCUCCAAGGAUCGUUUGGGCUCGACUCAUCUGAGUAUCUAGAGCUCUUUAAAGCUCAGGCUGGGACGAUUAAAACAGUUUACCUGGUCAUCGAUGCUCUAGAUAGCUGCGAGGGGGAUACCCAGCAAAAGAUGCAAGGCACCCUCAAAGUCCUUCCGCAGAACAUCAGGGUCCUCAUCACCUCUAGGAAUGACCUAGUUGGCUUAGAAGGGGAAGCAAACCAGAAACUAUCAAUCAAACUAGUACAGCAGGAUGUGGAGACCUACUUAAAGCAAAGGAUCGAAGACAGCGAGUUUUUGAAGGUCACUCUAAAGAAAGAACAAGAUAGGAACCACGUUAUAUCCAGGGUCACUGAUAUGACCUUGUCUAGUAAAAUGUUCUUAUCAGCCAGGCUUCACAUGGACAACUUGAGCAAAUUAGGAACACUCGGUGACAUCGAACAAGCAUUAGACCAUCUCCCUGACAGCGCAUUCGACAUCCUUCACGCAACGGCAGCGCAAAUAGCUCAGAAGAUCAAAAAACGGGGAAACGAUUUCGAAAGUUGCUUGACAAAACACAUUCUAACUUGGAUAAUGCAUGCGAAAACAAAAUUGACUGCCGACCAAAUUCGUGAUGGCUUUGCCAUACAAAAGAGUGGUAGGAAGAGUUACGAAGAGCAUCGGCCAGCAAAAGAACUUCUCAUGCCUGCCUGCAACGGCUUGGUCAUUAUGGACCCGGACAAAGAGACGUUUACCCUCGUCCACAAGUCGGUAGAGGAUUCUUUUCGAGGCCAUAAGGUCAUCCCAGAAAAUGCCGACUUGGAAAUAGCGAAGACAUGCCUAUCCUGCCUCCUGGUAAAUACGCAUGGCCAGGAAGACGAACCCGCACUGCUCCAAUACGCAGCUAAGUAUUGGUGGGCACACCUCUGCCGCCAAGAAGCAGACCCGGAGGCGGAGUCUUUAACGUUGGAAUUUCUUAAGGACAGCUCUAAGCUUGCCAGAGCAUUCAGGGCUAUAGAGAGAGCCAAGAAUGACGCCUUUGACAAUAUGACGGGCUUUCACGCCGCAGUACAUUUCGGCCUUCUGGAUUGGGCAGUGCGUCUCCUUAAGGAAGGCAUCGACAUCAACACUCAAUGUUCCGACGGCCAGACGGCCCUACACUGGGCAGUGAGAUACGGUAGAUGUGCACUUCUGGAUUUAUUCAUAAAUAACUCGGCAGAUCCGAACAUACGUGACCACGACAAAGACACCCCGCUUCACAAAGCACUCAUGGGUCCAGCAGCGGAUAGAGUACCGCUCUAUCGAGCCAUUACGAAGUCAGCAGCCAACGACGCGACUAUUGUAGAAGCACUUAUCAGAGGUGGAGCAAAGCUAGACAUAAGGAACGCUGAGGGCCUCUCGCCGAUGUCGUCCGCCAUCCGCUAUGGGCCUACUUCAUUGGCUAAGAUCAUGGCUGAGAGCCAGGAUGAUGUUAACGCCGAGAUUUUUGAGGAUUGGAGCUCACUGCGACAGGUUUUCUACCAUGGCCAGAAUAUCACGGGGAGCGGCGUAGCGAAUCAGAAAGGGCACCGGGAUCGUUUGGGAGGGUGGGCUCAAUUGCAACACGCAUUUAGGAACCACGCACUUUGUUUGAUCGAUGUGCUACUCGAACGCGGCGUGGACCUAAACCGCCGUACGAAGGACGGGUGGACGCCACUGACACAUGCAGCAAAGUAUGAUGAUCUGUCGAGUCUAAAUCGGCUACUAACGCGGCAACCUAACCCAGCCGAUGUCAAUCUUCGGGAUGGGGAUGAGAAAUCUCCCCUGUGGUGGGCUGUCUACUGGAAAAAUAUCUCUGCAAUCCAACUGUUAGCUGAGCACGGCGCGGAUGUCGAUGGGGUAUGCAUGAACGAGUCCACGCCGUUGCUUGAAGCUGUCACGGAACAGUAUGACGACAUAGUGCAACUACUUAUUAGGCUAAACGCUGAUGUCAACAAGGAAGUAGGAAAUGGGUCAACGCUUCUAAUCGAGGCCACUAAACUCCAAAGCCAUAGCAUUGCCUGUGCACUGUUGAACGCAGGAGCGGAUCCGGACAAGCGUGACUCUACUAAUAAGUCAGCACUCCUCUACGCCAUUGAGAAACGAGAUAGAGCCCUGGCUUGGCUCUUAGUUGUUAAGACUGGCCCGAUCGCGAUUCCCAAUAAGAAUAUACAGGAUGCCCUUGAACUGGUCAUAUCCCGCGAUGACCCAUCGAUGGCGUGGCUUCUAUGCGAGCAUGGCGCUUCGCCUAGCGCUACCAGCGACAAGAGCAUAACAUUUUUACACCAAGCUGCCAGGCGCGGGAAGUAUAAGACAGCACAGUUCCUUAUCGAACAUGGUGUAGACAUUGACACCAUGGACGCCACCGGUUCGACGCCUCUACAUUACGCUGUAUUAAACCGCAAAAAUGACAUAACUAAUCUGUUAGCCUCGCGAUUGUCGCGAUUGUCAGGAGCUCAGAGUCUCGACAUCUGUAACGCUGAUGGUGACACGGCUCUCAUAUUAGCCACGCUUAAGCGGCGCCAUGCUGCCAUGCAGACACUACUUCAGUACGGUGCUUCGUGCAACUUCGCCGAUCCGGGCGGUAUGACGGCGCUACAUAAUGCUGCCAGCCGGGGAUUCAACCAGGAGGUGGACCUAUUGUUGAACGAAAAAUUUGGUGGCAACCCCAACAUAGUAGAUAAUGAUUGUUUUACGCCACUCCACCACGCAAUUAAUGGUGGCAAUGCAGACAUGGAGGUGGUGAGAGCACUAAUGAGGGCGGGCGCUAAUAUAGAGGCACAAGACAAGGAUGGACGGACGCCACUGAUGCUUGCAACUCAGUUAGGCCACGAAGAACUAGUACGCGGCCUUUUGGAGGAGGGAGCUGAUGCACAGGCACGCAAUAAGCAUGGAUGGACAGCGGCUUGGUAUGUGGGGGAUACUCCUGAUAUCCAGAAGCUUCUUGACGAGUUGCAACCACCACCCACCCUAAGGUACUAGGAAAGCUACCUAGGUACCUAGGUAGGUAGUCAUCUUUCUUCCCAUAGGUACCUAGGUAUACGAGGUAGCCGCAAACUACCCGCGCCUAGUUCAGUAUCUUUCCCUUUUUAUAGAUUGGGGUGUUUUAAUUUAUUUGUUUCUUUUCUUUUU